GUGUAUGUAAACUAGGGUGUCGCCGAGGUGGCUGUAUUCGAAGGCGACAGUCUAUUCGGCUAAUCGUUUGACUAAACAAAUAAUGUGAUAAGAUCGGUCAUUUGACCUCCAAUUUAUAAUUCUUCUUGAUCGAGAGUCCAAAAAUGUUUGGAAUAACGGGGUAUGCCGAUCAGUUUAAUGAGCUCGGUGGUAGUUUGAAGAAAGAGUAAGUCGGGGAGCCAUUUUGUCUCGGCAGGGUGAGAGAAAGAAAAGGGGAAUCACACGGGAGAAUAUAUUUUUUUAUUCACAUGCUGUAAGAGAAACGGUUCUGUUUUUGGAAAUAACAUUAGUUACACAUCGGAUACGGUUGCGACACUCUACCCUCUGCGAUAUUUAGUUAACUAUCAAACUAACUUGGACAUCAACAAUAUCAUAAUCACACGCUGAUAUUCCACCUCUCUGCUCGUAACUCGCGCUGGCUCUCUAGACCUGCGGGAGAUCGUUUCUCGUCUGUCCGGUGAACACAUCUGGUUUCUCGAUGGCGAAGAAGACCUACGACCUGCUCUUCAAGCUCCUGCUGAUCGGGGACUCGGGCGUGGGGAAGACAUGCGUGCUGUUCCGCUUCUCAGACGACGCCUUCAACACCACCUUCAUCUCCACCAUAGGAAUAGACUUCAAGAUCAAAACUGUUGAACUCCAAGGAAAGAAGAUCAAACUACAGAUAUGGGACACAGCUGGUCAGGAGCGGUUCCACACCAUCACCACGUCCUACUACCGAGGCGCCAUGGGCAUCAUGCUGGUCUAUGACAUCACCAACGCCAAGAGCUUCGAGAACAUCAGCAAGUGGCUCCGCAACAUCGACGAGCAUGCCAACGAGGACGUGGAGAGAAUGCUGCUAGGCAACAAGUGUGACAUGGAGGACAAGAGGGUGGUACCAAAAGCCAAGGGAGAGCAGAUUGCCAGAGAACAUGGUAUUAGAUUUUUUGAGACGAGUGCCAAGGCCAACAUCAGCAUCGAGAAGGCUUUCCUCACGCUAGCAGAAGACAUCCUCAGAAAGACGCCCGUCAAAGAGCCCAACAGUGAAAACGUGGACAUCAGCGGUGGGAGUGGAGUCACAGGAUGGAAGAGCAAGUGCUGCAGUUAGAA